AUGUCUCCAACAGCACUAAAGAACGUGGACACGGUCGAGAUUGUCGACAUCCACCAGGAUGACUUGGAGUUCUCCCUCGUGGAUGACCUAUACAAGAGUCUAAACCCAGCAGAGGGUACACCCCGAUCAUUCCCCACGCUCCUCCUCUACGACACCAAAGGACUCAAGCUAUUCGAAAAGAUCACCUACCUAGACGAAUACUACCUCACAAAUGCGGAGAUUGAGAUCUUGACGACACACGCAAGAAGGAUUGUCGAGCGGAUACCACAGAAUGCACAGCUGGUGGAGCUUGGUAGUGGAAAUUUGCGCAAGAUCGAGAUUCUUCUGCGGGAGUGUGAACGGGUGGAAAAGCAGGUGGAUUACUAUGCAUUGGAUCUAUCACUGGUGGAACUACAACGGACCUUUUCCGAGAUCUCCCCAGAAGGCUUCACCUACGUUGGGCUCCAUGGUCUUCAUGGAACCUACGAUGAUGCUCUUUUGUGGCUGAAGAACCCAGAGAACCGCACCAGACCAACGGUGGUUCUAUCUAUGGGAUCCUCUCUGGGGAACUUUGAUCGCGCCUCAGCCGCGAAUUUCUUGGGUGGCUUUUCCCAAGCCUUGGGUCCAUCGGAUUUCCUGCUUAUUGGGUUGGAUGCUUGUAAGACCCCGGAGAAGGUUUACAAAGCUUACAACGAUUCCCAAGGUGUGACUCAACAGUUCUAUGAAAACGGGCUGGCGCAUGCCAAUUCCGUGCUCGGCUUUGAGGCGUUCAAGCCUAACGAUUGGGAAAUAAUUACUGGUUACGAUAAGAAGAAUGGGCGACACCAAGCAUUCUACGCGCCUAAGGUUCAUGUGACUAUCAAUGAUAUUCAGAUCCCUAAGGGAGAAAAGCUUAUCUUCGAGGAGGCGUAUAAAUAUGGCGCUGAUGAGCGGGAGGAACUUUGCCGCAAUGCAGGAUUAAUAUCCCAGGUUGUGUUCGGAAACUCAACAGAUGACUACCAUAUUCACCUGCUUUCCCCGUCCUCCUUGGAUAUUCCAUUACAACCAUUUCAAUAUGCGUCUCAUCCAGUUCCGACUCUUGAAGACUUCCAGUCGCUCUGGACAGUAUGGGAUGUCGUGACCAAAACAAUGAUUCCCCGAGAGGAGCUCCUUUCGAAGCCUAUCAAGCUCCGGAAUGCAUUGAUCUUCUACCUUGGUCACAUUCCUACCUUUUUGGACAUCCAUUUGACGCGAGCCUUGCGUGGAAAGCCCACCGAUCCUAAAUACUACAAGCAGAUCUUCGAGCGUGGUAUCGAUCCUGAUGUCGAGAACCCAGAACACUGCCAUGCUCACAGUGAGAUCCCGGACGAGUGGCCAGCUCUUGAUGAGAUCCUGGACUACUCGGAACGGGUCCGGAACAGAACACGAUCUGUUCUUGAGGAAGGAUCUGCCCUCCACGACCGGUGCCUCGGCGAGGCGCUCUGGAUUGGCUUUGAGCACGAGGCAAUGCAUCUCGAGACCUUCCUCUACAUGCUGCUCCAAAGUGAAAAGACGCUCCCUCCAGUCGGUGUGGAUAUUCCAGACUUUGCGAAGUUGGCACACCUUGCAAAGCAAAAUGAGAAGCCAAACAAGUGGUUCAAGAUUCCCCAACAAUCAUUCACGAUUGGCUUGGAUGACACAGACGCCAACGCUCUGCCCAAGGAUUCCUUCGGGUGGGAUAAUGAGAAGCCUCACCGAUCCGUUCAGGUACAAGCAUUCGAAGCCCAGGCCCGGCCAGUCACCAAUGGAGAAUAUGUGAAGUAUCUGCAAGCAAAUCGUCUGCGAGAAUUGCCAGCGUCUUGGACGCUCGUCCACUCUAACCAGGAUUACCCAAUUUCAAAGGGAAUUACCGAGUCCAGUCCUAGUGCUACUGAAGACUUCAUGAACAACUUCGCUGUUCGGACUGUUUUCGGAUUAUUAUCUUUGGAUCUUGCACAAGAUUGGCCAGUCAUAGCUUCAUACGAUGAGCUAGCUAGCUAUGCUAAGUGGGCAGGGUGCCGAAUCCCUACUUACAAAGAGGUCCGCAGCAUUUAUCUAUACGCCGAGCAGCUUCGAGGAGCACACGCACACCAGACUACCAAUGGCCACAGUAACGGAGUGAAUGGAUCUUCUAACGGAGUGAAUGGCACGUCCAACGGAGUCAAGCAUGCGAUUAAUGGUUCAGCGAGGACUUCCUCUCAAGCAAAUUCGCAGGUAUUCCGUGCACUCGACGGCUGCAAUGUUGGUUUCCAGAACUGGCACCCUGUCCCGGUCACACCAAACGGUGACAAGCUCGCCGGACAAGGCGAUCUAGGCGGUGUUUGGGAGUGGACCAGCACACCUCUUACAGCCCACGAGGGCUUCAAAGCCAUGGAAAUUUACCCUGGUUACACCUCGGACUUUUUCGAUGGAAAGCAUAAUAUCAUUCAAGGAGGAUCGUGGGCGACGAUGCCCCGGAUUGCGGGACGGACUACCUUUGUGAACUGGUACCAACAUAAUUACUUGUACGCCUGGGCAGGCGCGCGGUUGGUGCGGGAUGUGCCUGUGUAA